UUGCCUGCCGAUGUGAUUCAUCGGGCGGUGUCGUUACACAUCCGAGAGCACGUCGGUCGCUUUGUGAAGGAAGCGGCCUAAAAAUAAUCUCAGCAUCUCUCGAUCGCGAUGGUGUGUGCGGCAGUCGCUUAAUUAUAACGAUACGGCAUAAUGAGGGAGAUUCGAUGCUUGCUCCUGAGGGUGGUCGGAGCGGUAGUGGUCGGCGCGGCUGUCUGCAGCCGCAUCCCUGGAUUGGCGAAAAGUCAGCGCGAGCAGUGCAGAAAAGCGCCGCACGCGAUGCCGGCGGUGGGCGAGGGCGCCGCGCUGGGUCUGCGCGAGUGCCGGCACCAGUUCCGACAUCACCGUUGGAACUGUUCCCACGUGUCCAACGAUCAGGUCUUCGGCCACGUGGUGGUAGUGGGUAGCAGAGAGGCGGCUUUCACGUACGCGAUAAGCUCGGCCGGCGUCACGUACGCGGUGACCGCGGCUUGCAGCCGUGGCAACAUUACAGCUUGCGGUUGUGAACCGGCCGUAAGGACGAGGAAAGAAUUGCCGCCGAAUGGUUGGGAGUGGGGCGGCUGCAGCGCCGACAUCACGUACGGGAUGAGGUUCGCGCGUAGGUUUCUGGAUGCGAGGGAGAUCGAGGGGGAUGCUCGCAGCCUGAUGAACCUUCAUAAUAAUAAAGCCGGAAGAAAGAUAGUCAAGGCUCUUUUGCAAACGGAAUGCAAAUGUCACGGCGUGUCCGGAUCCUGCACGGUGAGAACGUGUUGGCGAACGUUACCCAGUUUCCGUCAGAUCGGCGAUGCGCUUAUGAAAAAAUAUUACAGAGCUAGACCUGUCAUCGCCAUGACACCGCCCCCACCCCCACCCACGGUUCAGACACUGGACGCGAUGUCGCAUUCAAUGUUGCCGGAAAUGGUGCCCAUAUUGGGAAACGACGCCAAGACUCAGGGCAAGCCGAACGAUUUCGCCAAGUCGCGGCACAAUCGGCAGCCGCUGUUGAAGAAGACCGCACCGUCCAGGAGGUCGCACUUGAUCUUGAAAAAGGCGAAAAUCGGCGGUAGCUCGAGUAUAAGCGAGAGGAGACUUCCGAAAAGAAGCGAGCUAGUUUUUCUUCAACCCUCCCCCAAUUACUGUGAGCCAGACUUGGCGCGAGGUAGCCUCGGCACGCAGGGCAGAUAUUGCAACCGUACUAGCAAAGGAACCGAUGGAUGCGACUUAAUGUGCUGCGGUCGCGGCUACAAUACACAUCAAUUCACGAGAACGUGGCAGUGCAGAUGCAAGUUUCACUGGUGCUGCCGCGUACACUGCGAGACUUGCAUGGAACGUACCGAGGAGUACACAUGCAAAUAAUAUACUAUUACCGACGUACAACGUGUAUAUAGAUUUGCGAAAUAGUACAUGUAAUUAUAAACGUUUAAGACUUUUAUCUUCAAGAGCAAAAGGAACGAUCUUAACGCACUAAGAAACGUUAAUAUUAUACGUCAUUGCAAAGACAAAACUGUAUGAGAAUAUCAUAAUUUAAUUAUUAUAUUGUACAAUGUUCUUCUUGAUGAUGUUAAAGUUGAGUAGGGAAUAUCUGAUAACUUUUUCGGGCCCUUAUAAAAUUCCGGGCCGCAUGUAGAGGUUUUUUUAGUAGUUAAACAUUGAAUAUUAAAUCUAAAAAUGGAUUAAAUCUAAAAAUGGAUCGUUAAGCGCGUAAACAUCGUCCUGUGAGCUGACUUUAGAUCCCGUCGAGAGAGAGAAAGAGAGUUGCGCGAGCUUCAUCCCGCUUUUAUUUUCUAUUCUGUAUUUAGGGAUGGGAUUAAGUUCAAUACGUAUUUAUGAAACUUGUUAGUCAAUGUGUCUAAAUAUCGUUUCAUCGAUAUAUCAGGUAAUAUAAGAUAAAAGUAAGUAAAUCUCGAGUUUUAUUCUAAGAAUUAUAGAUGCAUUUUAGGUAACUGUAAGAAACGUAAUCCAAUCAAGAUCAAGUACCUAACAACUCAUAUCGAUAUUUUUUUUAGAACAGACUCGUCCAACACUUUGCUCACGAAUUAACGCAUUUACCGCUCGAUUAGCUCGUUUGAGUAAAACAAAGAGGAAACAGAAAAGAAUAGACGUUAGAGCCAGCUUUUAGCAUCUAUUCUUCUUUGUUUUCCUCCUGUUUUUCUCAACGAGAUGAUGGAGAGAUAGAAACACAUACAAAGUUUUUGAACAGGCCUGUUCUAGAAUAUAUUUUAUAUAAUAUCGAUAUCAUUUAGGACAUAUCUAUUCUUUCGAGAAAAAAAAUGAACUGAUAUUGUCCCAUCAAAUAUAUAAUAUCAGUCUCAUUGUCAAGUCGAUACUCACACAUGCACUUUUUUCCGACAAUAAAUUAUUUAUCGUUAGAAUUCUUGCAACACAAUGCGUAGUCAUAUAAUGCGGAAAUUAUCGUAUAAUAAAUAAAAUUCUGUAACAUUUACGAGUCUUAUUUUGAUAACAUUUGCUUCUCGUUAUUCAAUUGUAAUCGGCAUUCAUCGCUUUUAAAUGACAAAAUUCUUUUUAUUUUUUAUAUAGAAUAUAAUAAAUCUUUUAAAAUC